AUGGGUAUUAUACCACUGAUUUAUGCUCAAUAUAAUAGUCCAAAUCCAUUUUUUACACUUGUCUAUUUUUGCAAGAUUCGUGUGUAUGUUAAUCAAUGGAGUGCUAUGUCAUGUCGAUGGUUAUUAGUCAUGGCAUGUGUUGGCCGUUGUUUUGCAUGUUCAGCGAGUGCUUAUCUAGUUCGUUUUCUCAGAAUCAAUCUAGCUCGCCGAAUAGCAAUCGGCAUUAUAAUCAUGUGGAUGAUAUUACCUAUUUAUACAUUAAUAUUUGUCAAUAUUAUUACACCUGUUAAUACUGGAUGUUUAGUAAUUGAUAAAGAUGUGGCUAUUUAUCAUGGCGUUUACACAAUUGUCAUGGGCGGUGUAUUGCCACCUUUAGUUGCGAUUGCAUGUACUCUAUUAAUUUGGAAACGUAUCAAGGGGAAAAAUCAACGCAGAGCGAUGACUAUAAUGAAUAGAGCAGAAAGUCAUAAAAACAGUCGUGAUCAUCAAGUAUUAGUCCUACUGUUUCCUCAAGUAGCUAUGUUUAUCCUGUCCACGAUUCCAUUUAUGUCGAAUAACUUAUACACAAGCUUGACAGCAGAAAUAUUAAAUAAACCCAUCGAUCGUCGAGCUAUUGAAGGUUUCGCGCAAGCGAUGACGGAACUGUUUGUUUAUAUAUUUCCAGCGUCAUCAUUCUAUUCAAACGCAUUGGUAUCACGAAGGUUUCGUAAGGAAUGGAUCGCUACCAUGAAACACUUUGCUAAAUGUAUUUUGCGAGGAAAACGUAGAAUCAUUCCAAUUAUUCAAGCUCAAGGAAAGUUCGCCAUCAAUGAAAUACCACCAGCAAUGAUUAGGAUAUCGCCACUGAAUAAUUUUAAUCACUCAGAUUUGGUAAACGAACAAUACAAAUAG